UUUAGGUCAUACGGAUCAAAAUUCACUUCCCAAACCUUGUUUGAUAUGUUCCAAGUUCAAAAUCUCCCGCCAUAUCAGUAGUUCGCAUUAUGUCCGUGCCGCAGCGCUGUAUGUUGUCCCCUGAAUGUAGGCAAUUUCAAGGAGCCGAGGAACCAAGAAUAUGUCCAGCCCUGUUCAGAUUUCGCGCCUCUGUGUGCUCGAUACAAUCGACUUCUCUCGAUAUUCAUUUCGAUUCGAUUCGACCUAACCAAACAAACACGGCCUGUCCUGUCAGUCAACAAACAGACCACCUUUUUGUCACAAUGAAUAAAUGAAUAGUUCCGUGUAACCACUGCUUUCGUGCUAAAGUUACUUCAUUUUCUGAGCUUGUCUAAAAUUUAGUCGCAAUGCCUGGCGCAACCCCUCCUCGCUUAUCGUGCGAUUGGGUGUCAAAGUCUAGAGAUGUGCUGCAAGGAAACCUUAAGAAACAACUUCCUUUUGAAGAAGUAUUGGACCAUCCAUUGAAGCCUUUAGUUGUCACGAUGUCAGAGACCCGUGUUGUCAAGUUACGAACUGUUGGUGGAAGUACAACCAGUAGCACCAGGUCCUCUACUCCCACACCAACUCAGAGCUCAACCACAUAUUUAAUGGACCCACUGGGAGCUGCUCUGGAGGGGACUGACCCACUCAGCCAACUAGCAAACCAGCAAAAGCUGGACCCAUUGUCAGCAAUGGCAGCAGAAUCUUGGGUUGAACCUGUUGAGGGAAAACGAGGCAAAGAAAAUGUAACAACCAGCGUUGCUAUGGAUGAUGGAUUACGAGAGUCCUGGUCAUCAAGAAAAGCAGGAAUUUUAUGCAAAUUCACCACAUCAGAGAAGCUGUCUAUUGUGACAAGUUUCUUGUCUGGAGGAGAAAAAGUUGUUGUUAAAGCACAAAGCUCUAUGGUUGACAAAGUUAGAACACGGCUGGAACAACUGGAUGACUUCGAAGAUGGUUCUGUUCGGCAAAUGUUAGAUUUGUCGCAACAGGAGUAUGUGGGCAGAAUAGAGCAAUUGAAUACAGAGCUAGUUCAAGCUUGGCAUCAAGAUCAAAGAGUGAAGGCUUUAAAAAUAGCAAUUCAAUGUUCUAAGUUGCUUGUUGAUACAUCAGUUAUUCAGUUUUAUCCCAGCAAAUUUGUUCUUAUCACGGACAUUCUGGAUAUAUUUGGAAAACUUGUUUAUGAGCGGCUCAGGACCAAGUCUGAUUAUUACGCCCCUGGAAGCAAAGUCCCUACUUGUCUGCCUGAAAAUUUUACUGCAGACAUGGUUCCAGAAUCUGCCAAAGAAACUUGUCGUAAUUGGUUUUAUAAAAUUGCUUCCAUACGGGAACUAGUUCCACGUUUAUAUGUUGAGAUGGCAAUUUUGAAAUCAUACAGCUUUUUGACCUCUGGAGAAUUUUCACAAGCUUUAUUGAGGCUGACAAAAAUGAUAAGAGGCAUAGGUGAUCCUCUUGUGGCUGUUUAUGCUCGAUGUUACUUAUGCCGAGUGGGUCUAAGCAUCAAUUCAAGUGACCGAGUAUAUUUAAGAGAAAACUUUUACGAUUUUCUUGCUACAUAUACUCAACUUUUUUCGCCCUCAAUCCGACUGGACCUGUCGCUGCAAAAGGUAGACCUCUCCACUUACCUUACUUUGUACACACCAGCGUUGGAUUACAUCCUGCAAAGUGUUGCUCAUGAGGCAACUGAGAAAACCCUUGCAGAAAUACUUGACCGAUGUAAGCAAAAAUGCAAUAGUGCUUUACUUUUCAAUACCAUCAUGGCAGCCUUCAAGCCUGCAUAUAUUGCUGCAAGAGCUACUCAGUUUGUGGAGCUUCUGACUAGCUGUGAUGAUGAAGGGUUCCCCAAGUAUCUUCUCUUCAGGACUCUGGGACUAUGUCUUACAUUAGCUGACCCUCCAACUGAGCACUGUCUACAAAUUUUAAAUGAUGUCUGGAAGAUUGUUUCAAAAUUGAAUGACCCUGCACAAUACAUUAGUUGUGCUGAAGUUUGGGUUCAGUAUGCUGCAAAGCAUCUAUCCACACGUGAGGUAAACACAUUCCUUGGAGACAUAAUCAACCAUAUGAGUGGAGGCCGUGCAUAUGAGAAUCAUUAUGCUUCUCUACAAACAGUCAUGGAAAGAGUGCUUGCUCAUGCAAAUGACUUCGAAACAUUGCUAACAAUGGACAAAUUUCUACCAAUGCUGGAUAUAUUUCAGAAGGAAAGUGUCAAAGUAGAAGUGUGUAAGAGCAUCAUGCUGCACUAUACUAAGACAUAUCAAUACCAGACUACAAAUGAUCCUGUAAUCACAAAUGCUCUGAUGUUCAUUUGUCGUGUUAUGCAUGACUCAGUAAAUGCAUUAACAGUCGAGGACGAAAAGCGACAAAUAGGAAAUUUGAUCUGCAGCUUUGUCAAGAGAGUAGAUUUUGGAAGAGACUUUGAACAACAGUUGUCAUUUUUUGUGGAAGCUAGAGCAUCAUUCACAAAUCUUGAUGUUAUCCAUGCACAGCUGGUGCAAAGUGUGAAUAGGCUUGCAGUGGAAACAAGAUGCAUUGUAAAAGGUCAUCACACAAGGAAAACAGCUUCGUUUGUUCAUGCCUGUGCUGCAUAUUGUUACAUCACAAUUCCAUCAAUAACUUCUGUUUUAAUGCGAUUGGAAUUGUACCUGCUUUCUGGGCAAGUGGCAUUGUUAAAUCAAUGCUUAGGACAAGCUGAUGCAUGUUUAAAAGCAGCCCUCAAUCUCAUUUCUGAUGUUCCAAAGAUGAUUGAAGUUGAUGGGAAACAUAGAAGCUCUGAACCUUACAUUGUUUCAUACAUCUGCAACUUUUUGUCAACUCUCUUAAUUGUUCCUGAUAGUCCAGAACAAGGGGUGCUUUACCUAACCAAAGGCCUGCUGAAUGUCAUACAAAAUUACAGUUGGGACCACCAGAGCAAUGCUCGAUCCACAGUGUAUCUUCAAGUUCUGGAUAUGCUUUCUGCUGCUUCUCAAGAGUCCUAUCCAUACCACAUAGAUAUGGUGGAUUCAAAUGACGUGUUGUAUGGUUCAGAUCCCAAAUUUAUUGCAGAGCUAAAUAGAAUGUGCUCUGUGGUCGUGGAAGAAAUUCUUAACCACUUAAAAUAUUUGGGAGCCAAUGAACACUAUCAGAAGCAGUCCUCUUUGGCUUUGGAACUGCUUAUCCGUAUAGCAGUGAAGGCUGAUCUAUCAAAACCAGACCUUGCUACCCUUGCUCUAAAUUUGUGGAACUUGGCUCAAAAGCAUGGCUGUAUGGAUAUUAAGUUGGCUGUUCGAACUACAGAAUACCUCAAGAAGAAGUUUUCUGGAUCAAAUGAGGAUGUACAUGCAGACUUCAUUUCUAGGCUCAAAAUCAAGUCACAUGGGAAGCAAUAGAAACCAUAUGGAUUUCCACUGAUUCACAAAUAAUUUAAUUAUGUUUUGUUGUGUUUUUAUAAUAGCUGUUUGUUCACAAUUGAAAGACAAGAUAAGAUAGCUUGUUUUUGUCUGUGUGUAGCUUCUAGUAUCAAGCUUAUUGUCAAUCAGAAACUUUAUAUGUUGCGCUCCUUUUUUUAUGAAUGUUAUUUAGUUUUUAGCACUUGAAUAUUCAUUUAAAUGUAUAUAAGCAAAGUUGAAAUAGCGUAAUUGCUGUUUCAUACCCAAGAGCUGGACUCUACUGUGUGCAAUAUUUACCAUGUACAAUUUAAUGACCAUGCAUUUAUAUGUGCCAUUUGUUAUUAUUUUGAUAUAAUCACUGGGAACAAAUUAGUUUACUCUUUCACAUUAGUGUGAAGGUUUUCUUGUUUGUUGUACGAUCUGUGUUAUAUUGGGGAACUAGAGAAUAAGUCUGAAUAUUGAAUUUGAAUGAAAGCGCAACAACCCUUGUUUAACAAAAUCCAAGUCAUUAAAUUUAUUGUAUUAAUA